AUAUCACUGGAUCUCGUUGACUCACAGCCAACACUAUGUGGAAGCUUCUUUGUCCAACGCAGUAAACGUUAACUUGAAGAGGACAAGUCAUUAAAGGAAUGGCAAUACCUAAGUAUGGCUUGAUCAUCACUGCCUUUCUACUGGCUAUUGCUAUUUUGGAAACGGGAAACUUUUCAAGGCAGGUUUUACCGGAACCCAUUGAAGAAGAAGAAUACUUUCUACCUCACACCAGGGAGAAAAGGAGCGCGCAAACAGGACAAUGGAAUUACAUUGUUGAAGUUGUACUGAAUGUCUCUAAUGUACAAACAUUUGAGCUGAUUCGGUCCGCCUUGAAUGCUUCCCGUCUUCCUAUACGACUUGAUAACAGCACAGAGAUCUCUGACGUUAGCAUCACAACCGUGUGUUCCCCAACUGAAGUUGGCGUCCAGUGUAGAUGUGAGGAACAAUUUGCUUGGCCACACAGCAGCUGUGUCACAAACGGAUGUGAUGACAUAAUCGGUGGCAUAUGUAGUUGCACCAAUGUCAUUCCAGCUGAUGGCCAGUUCUGCCAGCUAAUAUCAGAGCUGCUAACUCCGGUUGAGUAUGUCGUGGAUGUCGAGCUGAAUGUUACAGAUAUCGCGACAGUGGACUUCCUUAGAAACGUCCUAGGCAACGGUGACUUUACCCUGACUUUGGGUCCCACUGUGAAUUUAACACACAUUAACAUCACCACAGUGUGUAACUCAAAUGGUACCCACUUCCAGUGCCGAUGUGAGGACCAGUAUGUUUGGUCAGCUAGUAACUGCCUUACAUACGGAGCUUGUGACAGGAUCUUUGGUGGCACGUGUGGGUGUAUCAACAGUAUUCCUACCAAUGGGCAAUACUGUGAGCCAAGGACAGCUCCUCCAGCUCUUUAUGAAUACAUCAUUUCUGUUGAGGUGAACAUCACACAUAGUGAACUACUAGGUUUACUGAGGACCACUCUGAGAAACAUCAAUUACCCCAUCACCAUCAACAACAACAUAAAAAUCACUGACGUGAACAUUUCUACAGUUUGCCAUUCGAACAAUGGUAGUUACCAGUGCAGAUGUGAGGAUCAGUAUCGUUGGCCAUGUAACCAGUGUUUAACACACGGAUCCUGUGACAACAUCACGGAUAACACAUGUGGAUGUAUCAAUGCCAUUUCUCCUGAUGGACAAUACUGCCAGCCUGCUAAUCAGCACAACUUCACAGCUUGUCCUCUGAUAACAACCUCACCACCACCAUCAACAACUCCUCCAGUUCUUUAUGAAUACAUCAUUUCUGUUGAGUUGAACACCACAGAUGUUACACUAAUAAAUAUACUGAGGAACACUCUGAGAAACAUCAAUUACCCCAUCACCAUCAACAACAACAUACAAAUCAAUGACGUCAACAUUUCUACAGUUUGCAUUCCGAACAAUGGUGGUCACCAGUGCAGAUGUGAGGAUCAGUAUCGUUGGCCAUGUAACCAGUGUUUAACACACGGAUCCUGUGACAACAUCACGGAUAACACAUGUGGAUGUAUCAUUGCCGUUCCUCCUGAUGGACAAUACUGCCAGCCUGCUAAUCAGCACAACUUCACAGCUUGUCCUCUGAUAACAACCUCACCACCACCAUCAACAACUCCUCCAGUUCUUUAUGAAUACAUCAUUUCUGUUGAGUUGAACACCACGGAUGUUAGACUAAUAGAUAUACUGAGGAACACUCUGAGAAACAUCAAUUACCCCAUCACCAUCAACAACAACAUACAAAUCAAUGACGUCAACAUUUCUACAGUUUGCAUUCCGAACAAUGGUGGUCACCAGUGCAGAUGUGAGGAUCAGUAUCGUUGGCCAUGUAACCAGUGUUUAACACACGGAUCCUGUGACAACAUCACGGAUAACACAUGUGGAUGUAUCAAUGCCGUUCCUCCUGAUGGACAAUACUGCCAGCCUGCUAAUCAGCACAACUUCACAGCUUGUCCUCUGAUAACAACCUCACCACCACCAUCAACAACUCCUCCAGUUCUUUAUGAAUACAUCAUUUCUGUUGAGUUGAACACCACAGAUGUUACACUAAUAGAUAUACUGAGGACCACUCUGAGAAACAUCAAUUACCCCAUCACCAUCAACAACAACAUACAAAUCAAUGACGUCAACAUUUCUACAGUUUGCAUUCCGAACAAUGGUGGUCACCAGUGCAGAUGUGAGGAUCAGUAUCGUUGGCCAUGUAACCAGUGUUUAACACACGGAUCCUGUGACAACAUCACGGAUAACACAUGUGGAUGUAUCAAUGCCGUUCCUCCUGAUGGACAAUACUGCCAGCCUGCUAAUCAGCACAACUUCACAGCUUGUCCUCUGAUAACAACCUCACCACCACCAUCAACAACUCCUCCAGUUCUUUAUGAAUACAUCAUUUCUGUUGAGUUGAACACCACAGAUGUUACACUAAUAGAUAUACUGAGGACCACUCUGAGAAACAUCAAUUACCCCAUCACCAUCAACAACAACAUACAAAUCAAUGACGUCAACAUUUCUACAGUUUGCAUUCCGAACAAUGGUGGUCACCAGUGCAGAUGUGAGGAUCAGUAUCGUUGGCCAUGUAACCAGUGUUUAACACACGGAUCCUGUGACAACAUCACGGAUAACACAUGUGGAUGUAUCAAUGCCGUUCCUCCUGAUGGACAAUACUGCCAGCCUGCUAAUCAGCACAACUUCACUGCUUGUCCUCUGACAACAACCUCACCACCAUCAACAAAUUCAACAACUACUCCUACGCCUCCUGUGAACAGUACAACACCCACAAUGCCACCAACAAACUCAACAACAGUUACUACAACGGGUGGGAACACAACACUUACCCCAACAACUGUAACAAAUUCAACAACAGACCCGAACACAACAACAGUUACUACAACACCUACAACAAUUGUAACAAAUUCAACACCUAAUGUUACAACACCCACAGCUACACCAACACCUCAUGUUACCAAUACAACAACAGUUACCACAACACCUACAACAGUUGUAACAAAUUCAACGCCUAAUGUUACAACACCGACAGCUACACCAACCCCCAAUGUUACCAAUACAACAACAGUUACCACAACACCUACGACAGUUGUAACAAACUCAACGCCUAAUGUUACAACACCCACAGCUACACCAACACCUAAUGUUACCAAUACAACAACAGUUACCACAACACCUACAACAGUUGUAACAAAUUCAACGCCUAAUGUUCCAACACCCACAACUACACCAACACCUAAUGUUACCACUACUAGUGUGACCAGCCCAAAUAACACAGGUAACUCCACAUCAGGAGUUACCUCUGCUCCAACUCCAAUCACAACCCUCACAGCAGUUACAAGUACCACUACUACCACUAUCUCCACCACCACUGACAGCACAACUGCUACCAGUACCCUUUCAACGACCACGACACCUACAACUACAUCUGCAACUACAACAACGCUUCCUUCUACAACUGCUCCAGGAUUCAAUGUGGAAAUGUUUGUUGAAUUAAACCAAACAUUCACAGAAGAUUUAAAUGAUGCUUUAAGUGUUAAAUACAAGGAACUUGAAUCAAGAAUAAAACCAUUGUUAAAUGAGGAGUACAAAAAGAUAACAGGGUUCAUGAGUGUCUCUGUGACUGGAUUCAGAAAAGGAAGCAUAAUUACAGACUUCGUUGUUCGGACAACAAAAGUUAAUCCGGUUGAAGUAGCCCAAGCAAAUGAAAAUAUUAUAAAAGCAAUCGUUGAUAUUGCUCCCGUCAUUGGCGCCGUUACUGCAUUUUACAACAGUCCAGAUCAAAUGAUCAUUUCAAGUGACAUCAUUUAUACUGGUAAUACCAUGACGCUGAUUUGUGGGCCUCCUGACAACCUUGAUGUUGGAAAUUUUUCUGCUUCUGAGUGGAAAUUUAAAGGAAGAAAAAUUACAAGUGGAAGGAUUGAAGUAACUAAUUCUGCCGUGAACUCUAUGCUCAAGGUUAACAACGUCAUCCUGCUUGAUAUUGGACGUUAUGAAUGUGGUCUGACGGGCGGAGUUAUAACUUUCAACCAAAAAAGAGAUGUAACAAACGAAAUCAAACCAGCUCCCAUUAUACGUCUAAAGGAACAAGUUAACAUUAAAUGUUUGGGGACAGAGGGAAAGACAGAAUUACUAAAGUGUUGUGUGCAGUCCCCCUAUAAGGUCAAGUGGUUUAAUGGCUCAAAGGAAUUACCCACAGCUGACCCCACUAACGAUGGAUGCAUCACAUAUGUUUACCAGCUAAGGAGCUGCAGCGAAUUACAGCCAAUAGUUUUUACUUGUAAGGUCGAUGAUCUAGAUUUUCGAAAGGAAACAGCAAUAACCCUUUUCACAGACGAUAUUAUAUGCGAUGAUGAUACGUACGGGGCUGGACGAGAAGGCGACAUAUCAAGAAUAGGAUGUGAUAUAGGUCUAGAGGGGAGCAAGACUGCGGAGUGUCAGAUCAGAUCAGGAUCAGGAGAGUGGACAUUUUUGAGAGACACUUGCAUCGUAACAGAAAUCAAGGAAUUAUUAAUUAGUUCAGAGGAUUUGGUUAAAGAGGAAGUGUCAGACUUCGUGGGAAAUCUAAGUGUCACUGUCAAAGCAAAUGCAACAUCGAUUACAAAAUCAUCUGAAACCAUAUCAGCUAUCGUUGACAUCCUAAACAACAUUGCAGCUGUUUCCAAUGUUAAUGUCACUGAAUCUGUCAUGAUGGAUAUACUUGAAACAGUUGAUGUCAUCAUCGGGGAUGAUGCAAGAGAGUCCUGGGCACUUCUGAAUGCAAAUGAAACCCGCAAUACGAGCUCAGAAUUACUGGGUGCACUGGAGUCCCUCGCUAAUGGAUUGGUAGGGGAGUUUUCCUUUACGACUCAACGGAUCCUGCUAAACAGAACCACGUUCAACGACUCCUUCAAGGCAGAUCUGAACAACAGCAUCAUCAUAUACAUUCCAGACACCGACCUUGUCAAUGUCUUUAUCACCACCAUCACCUUCUCCACCCUUCAUAAUGUUAUGCCAGUACGGAACUCCAACUCUGAUGCUGGCCUCUUCAACGACACCAGCAAUAACACUGCCAUCGAUAAUGCCAUCAACGCUGCGGUUGUACUAGUCCAAAUAAGCGAAACAAUUGACAAUGUUACUCUGAGCUACGACAAGCUAAAUGAGUCCCUGACACUAAACCCUCAAUGCGUCUUCUGGAACUUCGCACUUUUUGAUAAUCUGGGUGCUUGGGAUGAUGAGGGUUGUACGUUUGUUUCCGACAUAAACAACACGGUAACCUGCAGCUGCAACCAUCUCACCUCCUUUUCAAUUCUGAUGGCAACAGACAUCCCUCAAGAUCUGAGAGAAGCCUUGGAUAUAAUCACUUAUGUUGGAGUUGGGAUAUCUCUUGCAAGCUUAGUAAUAUGUCUCAUUAUUGAAGGAUACGUUUGGAAAGCCAUUACUAGAAAUAGCACUGCCUUCAUGCGUCAUGUUUCCAUCAUUAACACUGCGCUGUCUCUGUUGAUCGCUGACAUCUGUUUCAUCAUUGCCGCCUCUAUUGCUAAGAACCCCCUUGAAAACCCAGGGGAGGACCAUCAAGUUGAAGUUGGACCAUGCAGCACAGCAACAUUUUUUAUGCACUUUUUCUACCUUGCUCUGUUCUUUUGGAUGCUUGUGUCGGGCCUUCUGCUCUUUUACCGGACAGUCAUGGUCUUCUCUCACAUGUCAAAGUCAAUCAUGUUGGCCAUUGGCUUCCUAUUAGGCUACGGGUGCCCUCUGAUUAUAGCUGUUAUCACUGUUGCCGUCACAGCACCAGAUAAAGGAUAUAUCAGGAAAGACAAUGCUUGUUGGCUCAACUGGUUCGAGACAAAGGCCCUGCUGGCAUUGGUGAUACCUGCCUUGACUAUAGUAUUUAUCAACCUUUUAAUUGUAGUUGUGGUCUUGUUCAAAAUGCUGAGAAGAGGUGUGGGAGAUGCUGCCCAAACAGAUGAAAGGCACACGGUUAUGGUCCUUAUAAGGUGUGUGGUCAUUUUGACUCCUUUAUUUGGACUGACGUGGUCUUUGGGAGUGGGAACCAUGAUAUCGUCAACAAAUAAGGGACUCCACAUUGCCUUUGCAUUCUUCAAUUCACUACAGGGUUUCUUCAUUUUAGUGUUUGGGACACUAUUCGAUUCAAAGAUCCGUUCUCUCCUCUCAAGAAACUUGCCUACAUCAAGCACAGGUUCUAAUAAUCAAACAAGAAGUACAAGUGGUGGCAUUUCCUCUCUCAGCGGACUAAACUGGAUAAAUCGACUGCGUGGAAGAAGAUAUGUUUACCGCAUGUCAGAAGCUGCAAACUCAAGCAGCAAUGGCGCAUCGGAGUCAUUCAUGAAUAUCUGAAUCAACACAUCACACAUGGAAUUUAUUUCAUUACCGAUUCAAAAGAUCUGCCAGUUAUUGUUCAUAAAUCAGAAACUAGAAAGUGUGAAGUUCACUGAUAUUGUAAAAGCUGGUCAGCUUUGAAAUCAGAAGAAAAUGGUGUGUUACAAGAUGUUUGCAUGGUAAUAUUACUGUUUGAAUUUCUGUAACAAAUGUGACAUAUAUGAAAUGUAAAGUUCAGUGACAUUUCAUUGUGAAUGGUAUUUUUGAAGCAGUACCCUUGUGCUGCUGAUUUUGAAGUAUGAAGUGUAUUGCUGCUUGGUUUGGUAACAGUUGAGAUGCACAAAAACCAAAAGGAAGGAACUAGUAAAGAAGUAACAUAAUUAAUGAAUGUCUCACAACUCUGAAUAACUCUAUAUCAAUGACUGUGUAAGAAAUGAUGCAGUUUUUAUGUACACUCAAAUAGUGAAUCAUAUCAACUAGUUUCUGGGUUUUUCAUGAUUACCUUACCAUCGCCAUGUCUACUGUAUGUCCCCUUAAAUUAAGUAGAGCAUCAUACCUCCUAUCUGAAAAGUAGCUACUAAGUAUUUAACAAAGUACUACUAUCUAUUUAAGGCUGAAACUUAUUACUUAUGUUAAUGACCAAACAAUUAUUUAGCUUCUUUUAGAUCAUUUUAGGUAAUUUUUUGUCUAAUAAUAAAAACUGUACCUGUGUAUAUGCAUUGGGUUUAUCUUGUGAUAAACGUUUCCUGUAUGCAUGUAGCCCACACUGCUUGGAAAACAGUGUCAGCUAACUGCUAGCCACUUAGUUUGCCACUUGUACUGGCACAAAAAAAAUUUCAUUUUGUGAAAUCACUAAAUUUAAAAGUGCAGUAUAAAGGAUUUGGCGGCAUCUGGCGGUGAGGUUGCAGAACAUGGCGGCUGGCUCCGUGAAGAGGACCCGCUCCCUAUGUCCAGUAGAUAUAAACAGCUCAUUCAAAGUUAACAAACACACAAAGAUACCUAUUUUCAGUCGAUUAGACAUUAACAAAACAUACUUAUUCAUAUUAUAUUUCAUUUCUGCCAUUGGAUCCUCCUAAAUGCUAUACACUAUUCCUUUAAGUUGAAGUGCUGUAAUAAAAUCACAGUCUGUAGACUUUUAAUCUAAUUUGUGCAUUGGUGUGGAAAGGUAAAUUGAGUUUUGGUAGCAUUGUAGCUUAGUAAUAAUUGUUAGCUAAACAGCAGCCAAAGUCCAAUGGCAUAGCCUACCUCUGGCUAUGCCGUCUUUGUUGUCAUUCACCAAUAAUUUCAAUGACCUCCCCACAGAGAGCUGUGGUGUACUUACAUUGCUUUAUUGUUAUUGUAAUGGUUUAUUCAUGUUUGGCCAAGGGCUAAUAUGUAUUGUGCUGGUAACAAAUAAAAUAAAAUAAUGAAAAGUCAAUUUGAAAAUAACUACUAAUGCAAUGAAAUAAUUGUUCGUUGUCCCGCAAAAAACAUGCUUGUUAAGAUGAACUUUGCUGUUUGUACAGUUUGAGUUGUGAAUGAACAGUAGAUUUAUUUUUUUAAAUCAUGUAUUUCUUUUAAAUUAUAAAUAAAAUGCUCUUACAAGA